AUGGAGGAGCAAUUCAUACUAAGAGUACCACCAGCAGUAGCGGAAAGAAUUGAGCGUCUUCUGAACGACCCAACAUCUUCUUCAGACGACAAGUCCUUGGAUUUGAGCUUUUCUGAUGAUGGAAGGACUGGCUCGUUUGUUAUAGGCAAUGACCAGUUCUCUGCAUCACUAUUGGAUCUUCCCACUGUUGUAGAGUCCUAUAAAACUUUUGAUGACAGUGCGUUGAUAAAAACUGCAGACAUUGGUCAAAUGAUAAUGGUGACAGAGGAUGGUGACAGCGUUCCAGAUACAGUGGAGUAUAGACACGGCCUUACCCCUCCAAUGAGGGAUGCUCGAAGGCGAAGAUUUCGCCGGGAGCCAGAUUUAAAUCCUGAGGUUGUCCGUCGUGUUGAGAAAGAUUUGCAGAACAUCAUGGCUGGUGGAACUGCUGAGAAUUUUAAUAUCCUUCAACAUGUUAUUCUUGGUUUAAUUGUUGCAAUGGUUGAGCAAGAGGAAGAUGGAGAUGAAAAUGCUCUAGUAAGCAAGAAAGGAAGACCUACACCUUCAGCUAAGCCUGAUGUGCCAGAGGCUGGGACAGUUGGCGGGGAACCCGAUGGCAGUGAUUCUGAUGAAUCUGAUGAUUCAGUAUAG